UUCAUUCGCAUUUUUUUUAAAAUUGGGACGCUACACUUACAAGAAGCAACAUUAACUUCCUCAGCCUAUUUACCAAGGCCGUCUUGCCUUGCAGGGUACAAGUCAGACGGACGGACAAGCUGCUUAGUGAAGCCAGAUUCAUAAAGCUAGAAGAGUACAUGGAAGCUGUGAACGACUUUUUCGACGACCUAGAGAUUCGCGGAACGAACGUGACCAGUCGUAGGAUUUUCCUGGCCACAGACGACCCACGAGUCGUGCAGGAGGCGAGGAAGAAGUAUCCCAACUACAGGAUCGUGUGCAACGAGGAGAGCGUGGCCACCGCCCACAUGAAGGAGAGACGAAGCGAAGCCAACAUGAAAAACUUCUUUUCUGACGUCUACUUCCUGUCUCGCUCGGACUUCCUCGUGUGCAGCAUGUCUUCCAAUAUAUGCAGGCUGGCUUACGAACUCAUGCAAACAGUCCGGCCGGACGCGCCCAGCCGAGCCUUCUCCGUCGACUCGGCCUACUGGUUCCACUUCGAGACCGACAACAAGGUGCAGGCCAGGUACCCCCACACGCCUCGAAGAAAGCAACCCAAUCUCCAGGACGGUUUCCGCGCAGGGAGGAACCUAAGAACAGCAUCGUACGGCUUGUACCCCGUCUACAAGACGGUCGAGAUCCUGCGGCUUGCCGACGUGCCGUCCUUCGAUCAUAUUGACGAGAUGGAAAAAUGA